GUUCUGCUCUAAUAUGUGUGCCACAUCAAACUGCAGAAACGGCGACGCGUGGACCUUAUAAAGGGGCGUGUUAUUUCUAUGACACAUCUCAGCAAAUGAGCCUUUCACUUUAAUGCUUUUUGCUAAGGUGGAAGGCGUGCUGCGCAGAAUCUGCAAUAUCGUAUCGGAUAUUUGCAUAUUAGCCAACAGUUAGGGAUUAAUAAAAGGACGCAACCAUAUGAUUUUUUGUUCGCACCCGCCCUAAAAACUGUUAGGCAACUAGAGAUCGGGCGCUGCCGUGGGUACCAGCCGCUUAUACCUGAUCACCAGCGCUGCUCGCGCGCUUGCGGGCAGGUCCCUUUGGCUGAGUUCGGAAAGCGAUGGGUGAAGUCUGCUUGCUCCACUGCUGGAAACCCGGGCAAUGACAAAUGCUUUACAACAGGAUGGAUUUACCAACGAAAGAAAUAGUGGCGUUUAUUAUUGCAUGCUGCUGUUGGCUACAUGCUCGCUCAGAGGUCAUCGCUGAUGACAGCUACUUAAACACAGUGCAAAAUGCAGCUCCUCUCUCCUGCUCCGAGGGCUUCACUGAACUAGGCUACUACAAUGGCACCGUGUCCCAGACGGACUCGGGAUCGCCCUGCCUGAAGUGGACCGAGUUCCCCGACUACGUGCAGCAGUACCCGGGCCGGGGGCUGGGGGAACACAACUACUGCCGUAACCCGGACCGCGAGUCCAACCCCUGGUGCUUCUUCCGCCAGAGCUCUGGGGCCAUCGGCUGGGCCUACUGCGACUGCCACCAGGGUGUUGCCAGGUUGGUGGGUGGCCCCUCCUCCUCGAGUGGGCGUCUGGAAGUGUACCUGAACGGCCAGUGGGGGGCAGUGUGCGACACUCACUGGACCGACCGCGAUGCCAGUGUGAUCUGCAGGCAGCUGGGACUCGGCGACAUCGGCACGGCGCUCCAGAACUCCCACUUCGGGCCAGGCUCCGGAAUCUUCCACUACGAGCGUCUGGGCUGCCGUGGCAACGAGGCCUCCAUCCUGCAGUGCCAGAGCAGGAAGUUUGUAACCAGCGACUGUAACCAUGGGAACGAGGCCGGAGUUGUGUGCGCGCCGCCGGAAGGCAACGACGCCCCCUUGAGGCUGGUGGACGGCUCGGAGGAAUUCGAGGGCCGGGUGGAGGUGUUCCACAACGGGAGGUGGGGCACCGUCUGCGACGACCAAUGGGACGACGUGGACGCAGAGGUGGUGUGCCGGCAGCUGGGGUUCGGGGGCGUGCCGAAGGCCUGGUCGUGGGCACACUUUGGCCAGGGCACCGGGCCCAUCCUGCUGGACGCGGUGCAGUGCACGGGGAACGAGCUCUCUCUGGAAGAGUGUCCCCACGGGGGCUGGGAGCAGCACAACUGCGACCACAUGGAGGACGCUGGCGUGUCCUGCAGUCCCUUUACCGAUGGGGUGGUGAGGCUGGUCGGGGCUGAUAUUCCCUGGGAGGGCCGUCUGGAGGUGUACCAUAAUGGUGACUGGGGGACCGUGUGCAGCAACGGCUGGACCGAACUCCAUGCGCGUGUGGUGUGUCGUCAGCUAGGGUUCAGGGGGCGAGCUGAGGUGGCGGUGGACGGGGCGUUUGGCGAGGGCGGCGGGCUGAUCCUGCUGGAUGCCGUGCGGUGCGCAGGGUCAGAGCGCUCGCUGCUGGACUGCGGGCACGGCGAGUGGGGCCGGCACGAGUGCACCCACCGGCAGGACGUGGCCGUGCGCUGCGAGAGACACGUGGAGACCAACAAGGUCCCGGGACCCCCGCCCGUAACAGGCAUGCUGGUCCGCUUGGUGGGGGGGCCGAGCAGGAAGGAGGGGCGAGUGGAGGUGCUGCUGAACGGACAGUGGGGCAGUGUCUGUGACGAUGGGUGGAAUGACCUCAACGCCGCCGUGGUCUGCAGACAACUGGGCUUCAGCGGCGUCUCCAAGGCGCGCGCGAUGGCGUAUUUCGGCGAGGGCCGCGGGCCCAUCCACCUGGACAACGUGCGCUGCACGGGGAAGGAGGCCUCCCUGGGGGAGUGCCCCGCUCAGGGGCAGGACGCCCGUGACUGCAGGCACGGCGAGGACGCCGGGGUCUCCUGCGACCACGCCCCGGGCUCCGCGGGGGACCGCGGGGACAGCACGCGCUCCUGUGGCCUCAGACCCAGCAUGCUGCACCACAUGAAGAACUCUGCCGGGAAGGACAAGCCAUCCAGGGGUGAGUGGCCAUGGCAGGCCUCUCUCUGGCUGAAACCUCACUCUAAAGGGAGCCAUCCUCUCUGUAGUACCACACUGAUCAACCCCUGCUGGGCUCUCACUGCUGCACACUGCUUCAAUAGGUUUGGCAGAGACCCCUCGCGCUAUGUGCUACGUCUCGGUGACUACCACAUAGACGGUUCAGAGCGCGGUCUGUCCCCCGAGCGGAUCGUGGUCCACAGGAAGUAUGAGACCCAGGGCUGGGAGCACGACGUCGCCCUGAUGAGGCUCCGCGGGGAGGAGGGGAGCUGCGUGACCUUUGACCCCCACACCAACGCCGCCUGCCUGCCCACCGUGGGCAGCACGUGGGGGAAAAAGCCAGCCACCUGCCUCAUUAUGGGCUGGGGCCUCACAGACUCGGAGCACUCCCACACCCUUUCGCCUGCCUGGGUUCCCCUGCUGCCCUCCAUGGCGUGCAAGAAGCGGUACGGCGAACGUUUCACCAGCCACAUGCUGUGUGCAGGCGACCUCUCGGGCCGGCGACGCAUGGGCAGCUGCCACGGCGACAGCGCGGGUCCUCUUCUUUGCCAGGGCGGGGACGGGCGCUGGAACCUCAUCGGGGUCACCUCCAGGGGCCAAAGCUGCAGCGACCCCACCCUCCCCGGGGUCUACACGCGCACCAGCAGGUUCCUGCACUGGAUUGAACACACAGUGCAUAGCCCUGCUGAGAUAUGACCCGCCAUUGGUCGAGGCUGUGUCACGUGACUCCCCUAGUAGAGGAGGGGGUUAUGGGGGUUGUAGUACGGUCCUGGGCUCAUGCUCUGCACCAAAACCCGACAGGUUAACGGUUCUCUUUUUUAAAAUGUACUUCCUGCCGCAGUUUCACUUUCCUUUUUGGAAAUUUUCAGAUUGUAUUUAUCUGAUUUGCCCUCUUUAAUACACAAUAUUGGUACAGUCUUGAUCAUUUUUUUUUACAUGGCACUAAGAUGUGAUUAUCUUGACUUGUUUCAAUUCUGUUACAAUUAAUCCUAUUCCAAGGUGAACUCAAUAGUAUUUCGCUAUUUUCUGAGGCGUCGUUUUGGUGCAAUCAUGAAACCAGACCCAGUAAUACUGUGAACGGCCGUGCCAGCCAUCGCAAUCCGCUUCUGUCGACCAAUCGGCACUUCCCGCGGGACGAAGUCAUGUCGUGUUGUGCAAGUUUUUUUUUCCUGUCAUACAAACAUUCCUUGUGUGCAUGUGUUACAAAGCUCUCAGUUUUAACAAAAGGUGUACUGUCCUCGAUGGCUUUGACAUUUGCAGGAUCUGUGCUCAUUGUAUCAUUGGGGGGGAAGUACUGGGUGCAGAGCUCGAGAAGGUGCAGCAUCUUUUACGUUGUUGCUUGUCCUUCAGACAUGCUUACAUACAUCCAAACCAGAACCAGUAUUAGUUGUUCUGACCCAACCUGGGUAUCUUUUCCAGUGGGGACUCCUGCUCCAGGAACUUGGUCCAGUAGUUGGGAGUAAGCACGCAGUUUCUUACCUGCUGGUCUGUGAUGCACUGCACUGUUAUUUCUACCUGAGCCCCCUGGUGGCACUUUGCUAAUUGUUGUGCAUGUGUCAAUGUUUUCCCAUCGAUUUCCCCAGUGUUUGUUUACUUUUUGUAUACACACGUAUGAAGAUGCACAUAUAGUACACCUAUGUGUCAGAAGUCCUCCGUGGGAGAAUGUUUUUUUAUUAAUUUUUUUCUCGCUGCCCAGUGCUAUGAGAUCAUCAUGGAAAAUACCUUUAGCCAUAGGGGGCCUUGAACUAGACUGCGCUGUUGCUAAGGGGCCCACCCCCUCACCGCACCCCAGACUUUGGCAAUAGCUGAUCUACUGUGUGGUUCCUGAUAACAUACAUUCACGAGCAAGGAAUACGUCCAUGCUUCUUCAACUUUGCCUCGUAUUGUCCAAUGAGCAUUCGCUAUCCUGGUGUGAAUAUUGGAUUUUUAUUGUUUUGUUUUUGGAAACAAGCUAAUUCAAUUGCAACUGAUAGUGGCACCUGGCCUAUAAAGGCCUGGUUCGCUGAGAACUGUUUGCUGUAUAUGAACGCCAAGUCAAAGUUUAACCUUCAAAGCUGCAUCUCUCUUCUCUGUUAUUCUCUGCAUCUACCACCGUAGCUUGGUCCGAGCUGCUGAUUUCCUGAUGUGGACUCCAUUUUGUUGGGUAAAGUUGAUUUCCAGGUCACAGUGAAUGCCAGCAGUGCCUGCUCUGUUGAAAGAAUUGAAAAACAACAGAGAAGGAGCUAGAAGGCUUUUUUGUGAAGCUGGCCACAUGUAGCUCUCUUCUCCAAAACAUCUGCAGAAAGUCCCUCCUUAUUACGGCUUGCUGUUUCAAAAGCUUGAAUGGCUGGCUAAGGCUUCACCCAUUGCUGAAUCAACUAAUGCAGAUUUCACUCUUUCUUUUAUUAAUUUAAGGAAAUGGGUGCAAAAGCCCUAUUUUCAUUGAGCGUGGAAUCCUUUCCUGAAAGCUGUAAUGUAGAUAUAAUUUUCCAAUUGACUAGUUAAUGUUUCGGUGCAAGAAAAGACUGAAUUGAAAGUGUAUUUUUAUUGUUCAUAAUGCUAACAUUAAUCCUCAAGAUAAUUGCAUUUUUUUAUUAUCUCUGAAGUCUGUGUAUUAGCUAUUAUCUUUAAAGUGCUUUAGAAGGAGCUCCAAAUGACCUGAGGUUUUGGGGUCUCAAGCCUGUAUGAUGUUGUUUUAACAAUAGUAUCAUUGUAACUGUAUCACCAUCAACAGUGUAAAUAUUGAAUUGGUAUGAAUAAUACUUUCAAUGUGUAGAUUAGAAAUGGGUUGAAAGUAACACAUUCACAAGUGCAAGUGCAGCCAAUAACAACAAACACUGCCUAUGAUUUGAUUUCAUUUAUUUCAUAUAACAUACAUUUGCAUGGUUUCCAUUGAAUGUUGGUGGAUAUUGACAUUACAUACAGUACUGGUUGCACUGUUGUUUUGAUUGUUGGUAGGCCAAACUUUAAUGACCUUGUACAAGGGGUGGUCAAUUAAACGGUGUAAAGAAUUUGCUUGUGGACAAAAGGAUAUAUUUCUAAAUGUGGUGUGUGUAUACCUGUUAGUUUUCUUGUACUGUAUGUUCUAGUUUGAAUUCAUUAGUCAAGCAUUUUAAAAUGUUUCUUGAGAUUUCAAAUCGAUUUAUCCUUUUUCCUACUGGACCCUUUCCUUGUGUCCUAUUGUACAUACUGUAGAUUAUCUGCUAUAUGUGUACUGUCCAGCAGGUGGCGAUAUUGGAUUUUUGAGAGAAAAAUGUAGACUUACUGUACCCCCUUGAUUUCUCGGGAAUGUAAUGUGAAAAUGUAUUGACUCUUUUUUUUCAGACCCACUCUGCAUACCACCACUGUGCUAUGCCAAUACAUAUGCUAGACUAUACAUAUGUAGUCAUGAAGUAACAAGGAUGCAAAGUAAGCUUUUUAGAAUGCCCUAGCUGUUUUGAGAGCUACUGGAGAUAACACCCAUCACAAAUUGAAAGUAAUUCUAUUAACCUGAAAUAUUUUUAUACAUUAUUUUCAUGUUUCUUGGCACACUUCUGCCACAUUCUCUCAUUAUUCUCUUUAUAGGAAUAUACGUCAAGUGUUUUGUGAAGUACUCAACAGUAUGUCAGUGCAUAGGGGGAGGGGGGUGGCAGAUUCUGUGGGGGGAUUUUUAAUUACUACCUAAUUCUGUGAAAGUCUUUGCGAAUCCUGGCUUGUUUCUGGUUUCACUGGCUGUGUACAAGGCUGUCAAUGUUUCCAUGUGAGAAAGGUGCCAAAUAAAGUAGCUAGUUCUGCUUGUA